AUGGACAGUUUUUUACAAUGGAUAUAUGGAGAAAUUCCAGAAUUUAUUCCUGUUCCAACCCCUCCUUUACCUCCAAAACCACAAAUAAAAAAAAAUGGAAAUAGUUCAAAGAAUGCUGAAGCUGGCUCUGAUGAUGAAUUGGCCAAUUGUAUGAGUAGGUUAUCGAUAAAUAAUGCUAUAUCAGAAGAGAAAAUUGAAGAACAAAUCCAAAAAGAAAAGUAA